AUGCGCGUUUUACUUGGGAGUUUGCCUGUCGAAGUGAGUUUAUAACAGUUUAUAUAUAAAGGUUUAUAUAUAUAAAUGUAAAUAAAUUUUGUUUAUACAGUCUAUCGGUUACUCUUAAAGCUUUUCUAUUGACCUUUAUGUUACUUUUUUUGCCACAUGAUUUUUUUACUAAUAUAACUCUCAGCUACGGAUACGUGUGAUCAAAUACAUAGAGAACAUGGAAGAGAUAUCUAGGUUGGCAACGAUUAGCAAGUUCUUCUACCGACUGAUAAACAUAGAUUUUCAAAUUUUGUGUUUCAAAAACUCGGUGUAUCGUCUAGCUGGCGAAACUUGGUCAGAGGCGUUUUCAAAGUAAGUUAUAGCAAGUUAUAGUGUUUAUCGUAAAGCACCUUAAAUACAGUAUCUUACUACAAGAACUCAAUUAAAUAUUUUUUACAUAUUAGUGUCUAUGUUACAGUACAAACUACCGUACACUUGACGUGAACAUUGAAACAUGCCCAGCAUUAAAGAUCAAGAAGCAUUCGAUGUGCUGUCCUUACACUGGAACGGUGGCACUGAUCUUAGAAGACAACCGAGUGUUAAUAACCAAUAUAGACUUUGCGAAGAAAGUCUUUGAAAUCAUUGACUUCAGAUCUGUUGAAGGUACCAUGGCCAAUCUGCAGCUUAUAAACAAGUCCACAAAGCUUCUAGUAGACAUGACAACAUCGUAUGUUGUGUAUGACUUAGUCGAAAAAGAAAUUACCAAAGUCUACAGUGCUUUAAAGGAAGAACGUUACUAUUCUUUCACGUUGUACUACCGUGAAGGCAUUCUGGUUGACUUGUAUAAUCAGAAAGAGUACAAAGUCAAAACUGCAAAACCACAGUUAGUACGUUGUAUAGUAAACGCUGAUUUGUACGGCUACAGAGAGUACGUUGGGUAUGUGAAUUACUAUUUUGGACUAGUGACAAUUAAUAACUAUACCGGCGAACAAACGGUUAUUUACAAAAAACGUAAUUCUAAUUAUGAUACGAUACGUAUUUUGGAUGGUGAAGAUCAGGUUAUGGUGCAAGGCAAGUAAUCUUUAAGAAUGUUUGUGUGUUUAACUUUAAAAUACGAUGCAUUUUACAGGUGGUAGAACAUAUGUUUUUGAUAUAUUGACAAAAGGAAUAGAAAAUGAUUACGGCUCUGACGAUAAGGGACUGAGAGACUACAGAUUGAUUGACCUCAAAUACUUUCAUAACGACAAGAAUGUAAGUAAAAGACCAUUACCACAUUGAGGACGUUUAAAAGUGGUCUUAUUAUAAAGUAUGAUUAAUUCAAAUAUAUUUUAGCAGAAAAGGACAGUAAAUUAAAAAAAAAUAUUUUUUUAUUUCCAGCUGGUCGGAUACUGCGAGAAGAAAAAAAAGCUGACAAAAUUGGCAAAAUGGCCUUACGAACUUCGCAGAGGAUAUAUACCUUAUGCUCAUGCUGACCUGUUGCCACAAUCAACCACACAUCGUAUAGAAGAAGGCAGUUUGUGUGUCAUAGACCACUUCGGUUGGUCUUCAGGUAAAAAUUAAUUAGUUUUCAUUAUAAAAACCGUAAAAAAAGGCAAUUGAAGGAAUAAAUAACAUCAAUGUCAAUUUGCAGGUCGUCUAGUUUCAAAGAAGUUUCGACCACUAGAGUCUAAAGCAGUCGGGUUCAACUACCUUAAACUUGCGGAGAUCAAAGUUGAAGAAGGUGAACUUACAGAAGAUAUAGUGAACAAAGCACGACAGCAAUUCGAAUUAAUAAUACAUAACUUAUCGACAGGUAUUACAAAAGAGUUUUCUGCUUUACAUAUUUCAAAAGUUCCUAGAUUAAGCCAGCAACUUCGACAAAAGAGUUAUUACAUUCAAAGGCGUGCUUCUGUUUCAUGA